AUGGCCGCCACUAUUCCUCACGAUCUUGCCUGGGAGGUCACCAAGGGACACAGCGCAACGCUGGUCAAGAGGGCGAAUGGUGUGCAGUUCUCGCGCGAUCCUCUUAACCUGAGGAACUUGUACAGCCGCAAGAACGAGGGCCAGAUCGCCAACAAGGCCAUCGGUAUCAUUGCCGGCAAGGAUGGCGGCGUCACCCUUUUGACCAAGAAGUCCGACAAGCACCACCAGCCCGCUACCUCCACCCAGACCACCACCUUCGGUGCCCAGCGAUCAACCCGCAAGACCUACUCCGCCAUUGUCAACUCCACCGUCAAGCGCAACUACCGCCCCGAUCUCCGCAAGGACGCUGUCGCCCGCGCUUCCGCGAUCCGCAAGAGCCAGAGGCCAGUCAAGGCUGACAAGCCAUCGAAGCUCAGGGGUGCUAAGGCCAAGGCUGCCGCUGAGAAG